AUGCGAGCGAAGAUACCACUCGAAGAUAUACUCAUUGAUAAUCCACAGCGGCUGUCAUUAAUUGAACUUUUCGAAGAGGAUACAUCUAACCUUAGAAACUGGAGUCAUCAGCUGAAUUUUGCAUUAGAGAAAUGGUCAUCUGCUCAAAAAUUACUUUCGAAAACGACGGGUGAUUUAGCUAGUGUAAUUUCUUCAUAUGGCAAUCAGAAAUUUCCUCUCGAUGAAACUCUAUUUGAUAUACCAUCAGUUACAAAUCGCGUAGCGCAUACACUUAAUGAAAUCAUGAGUUGGAUGGACAUCCUCAAUGAACAGAUAAACUGUUGUAUCCGUUAUCCUGUGAGAAAACUAACAAGAGAAUUGGACUAUCUUGUCGAAGAAAUUAGACCCAAUUAUGCUGAAAUAUCAGCACAUUUAGCAGAAUGUGAAGAAAAAUUUGCUAAGGCGAAUAGAAAAGAAGUUUCUCGUAAAUUGGACGAAUUAAAUAAUGAUGUUUUUAUAAAUAAAAUGAAUUAUCACAAGAUUGCAUUGGAAUAUUUUUCGAGGAUGAAUGCGUUGCAGGGCACCCGUUAUACACAACUUAUUGAACCAGUAGUAGCAAUGCUUUGCACUUUUAGAUCUUACUUUGGCAUAGGUAACGACGCACUACGGAAGGAAUCAUUCACAGAAUUUCUAACGAUUUGUCAACAACAAAUGCAAAGUAUCGACGAGGAAAUAGAAAGUGAGAAGAAGGAAUGUUCCGUAAUAUUGGCCUCUCUGGAUUCGUUAUCAAAAAAUGAUAGUGAAGUUUAUUAUGGUGAACCAGCUAUUCAGAAAAAUUCUUUGUCGGAGAAUGUUCAAAAACAAGGAUAUCUACGAAUAAAAAUUAAAAGUGGUUUUUUUUCAAAUAAUUGGGAAAAAUAUUUCGUUUUCACUCAAGGAUCGAGUUUGAUGUGGCAAAAGCAUAAUGAACUUGCCGCAUCUCUUAUGGGCAAUAAUGAUUUUAUCGAAGAAGAUAGUCUGCCAAGUGAAUGUGGUUCAUCGUUUACAGUAUCUGUAGAGAUCGUGUUUAUUCCUCUUUAUUCCUUUUCCAGCUCUCACCAUUACUGGUUAGAUUGUCUCCAACGGCUACAAGGGCCAUACGGUCGCUUACCGGUUUCCACUCAGUUAAAGCGGAAUGGGUCAGACAUAACAAUCGAUACACCAUUUUGUCUCGAGUUAUCCGAAGCACCACAGGUGUGGAUAGUGAUCGCUUGGAUUACAACGUCCAUAAGCGUUCUAAUAUUUCAUUCUGAUACGGCUAAAACCUCGCCACCCGUUCAGAGAGCUGUUCUCCUUGAUAGAUUUCGAGCGAUUAUCCUGGCUUGCGAGCACAUUUCAUUUAUCAGCCUUAGGAUCGCUUUAAGCCUGGAUUGUGCACUUAUCGCAUGUACCACCGGGCUGGCAAUUGAUUUAGUCGCUACACCUGGAACUUCUGCUGAAAUUGCUGGUGAUGAUAUCGAUCGUCGAUUUGUUUUCGUUCUUUUAAUUCCUUUUUCAUCUGAAAAUCGUAAUCAAAAAUGGUUUCUGCAAGCAAAAAAUACAACUGACAUGUAUGAAUGGGUUGAUGUAAUCAAUAAUUUAUCAGGAUUUCAGAGAAAGAAAAGCAACAUUGAUGUAAUUACUCAAGAUCACAAUUUGGGUGAUUUAGUUGGUGUUGCGGAUUUAUCUAAAAACAUUUCAAGCAGCUCUUCGCACUUAGUGCUUGAUUUAUCUAAUAUGAAUCUGUCACAUCAGCCGAUUCAGUUUGAUCUUUUGCCAGUGGAACAGUCGUUGGAAGGGAUUGAUUCUAGCAUCAUUUCAGAAAAUAAUGUUUCAUACGACAUUUGCUUUCUUGGCUCCUUGGAAAUAGGAAUAAACUAUUGCAAUGAAGCUUAUGUGCAGCAGGCUAUUCAAAAGGUCUUAGAUGCAAGAGAAGCUCAUUCUAUCCAUGAAAGUACUGCAUGUAGAAUGCUCAUCAAUAAAAAUGCUAGGACAGUAAUUCUUGUCGACUAUGAACAAAAGUCCAGUCUAAAAGCCUUGUUUGAAUUCGCUGAUAUUACAUUUUGGACUACUUAUUCAAACAGUAAAAUUUUUGCUAUUGUAACGAGGAUCAGAACAGGAAAAGAUGCUGUUGAUUCUGCAAAAUGCUCGAUUCUUAUAAACGAAGAAGAUGGUGGCGGUGAUGAAAUAUGCAAAGCAUUGGCCAGUGCUUUAAGAGAAUCACUUAGCAGUUUGGUUCUUCAAUCUUCUGGUACCAGUGAAUCUGAUGUUGCAUCGCUAAAAAAUGGUGGAAAUGAAAAAAGCUCAUAA